AUGGCCAUGGACAACACUACGCUCCAUACCUUCUUGUUUCACUGCCCGACAGCACUGCGUUGUGUUGCCGUACUCGGAUCUUGGGACAACUUCUCGCGACCUUAUCCACUAGAGCUCGAUUCACGCGGGGGCUGUAACAUUUGGAAAGGCUGUUUUACCUUUUCAGACAUUGUCUGUGACGGAGAUCUGCAACAGCAAACAUCAAAGCGGAACGGUCCUCUGAAGAUGGGUGGCACUUAUUGGUACUACUACAAAGUCGACGAAGAUGAGGAACGCCAUAACCCCGCCGAGGAGUCGACUACGUUUUGUCCUCUUUUGCCUGGGCAAAGGCUCAAUGUCUUGGACGUACCCCGUGAAGGUCAUCAUCGAACCACCUCUGAUACCACAUCUGCAUUUACCCGAAAUCCAAGAGAUAGGUAUCUCACACCAGUACCUCCAAAGUCACUGAAGCCUCUACCCACUCCGCAUGUACAUGCGGCUGCUGAGUCAUACCCAAUGCCAAUGCCCUCACCUUGGACUCCGAGAUCUGCGACCCUCGCGCCUACUGAGGGUCUGCUGAAUCCAUACGUACCGCGCCAUGCUCGAAGUGCGUCUGCAUCGCCGUAUAUGCCUUCGACUCCCCUUUUCCCGGACUUCAAGCUGCUCAAAGACAAAUUGGCGUCGAAACGAGCUGCAUCGAGAAAUCGUUGUGGGUCGAAGAACCGAGCAAUGGAUAUCAGUUCACCCGUGCUCGUUAGCGGCGGAGAAGAUCUCAAUCUCAUUCCGCUUUCGGAAUAUCGACCCUCAAUUGAGGCGAUCCGUGAGGCAGAGGCAGUGACGAAUGUACGCCCGACACCGAGAAUAAGGAGGGAAUUUUCUCCCUUGGCAUCGCAUCCUGUAGAUCCCGAUAGGGAUUCAAUUUUUGCGCCUGCGCCUGCGCCUGCCGCGCUGCCAACAGUUGCAGAGCGCCCCACUCGACGUCGAUCGCAGUCACCUUCUACACUCGUGACGAGCGAGUUCAAAGUGGGGCAAAAUCGAAACCGUGCCAACUCAGCCGAUACAAGACGUACAAGACAUUACCUCUUCUCCAACGACCCCUGGCUUUCAUCACCAAGGGAGCAAAGGUUCAAAAUCCAAGAUCGCCUGGUCGAGGACGACACACCGUCUGCCCCAACACUAUCGCGGCCUGAAGUCACUCUUGGAGCACCGACAUCCGAUGAACGACCAACAUCACGAUAUGGCAACCGUGGCAGAUCAGAGCCCCAACAGCUACCACUUAACAAAGAGCUUCCACCUCUACCUCGCUACCUGAUGCCCGCUCCUCUCUACGCAUGCAACAGCCCAACAACUACCCCACCCGUAGUAGAAGAGCCAAUCGAGGAGUUUCAAGAAGAAGCCGACGAAGAAUGUCUCGACCGUCUCAGCAUCCAAUUCUCCAUGAAAGCACGCAGUCACUUCUCCACCUGGACCAACGAGUCCAUGACAUACAGCCCCGUAGCCUCGGAUGACGAAGAUGACGACGAAGAAGGUCCCAUUUCCUCUCCUACCUUUAGCUCCUUCACCAGCAACGACAGUGACAUGGAUAUCAACACAUCAUCGCGCGGCGGUCUCUUAAUCCGCUACUCCUACCUCUCCUCCUCUUCGCAACCCCAACCCCAAUCCCAUACCUCCAUGCCCGAAAUGCAAAACAUGAUCCCCGACGACACCGACAUUUCAGACCACGAAACAGACCCCCACCACCCAAACCCUUCCUCAACACCCCCCCAACUCUCCGAACUCCGCAUCUCAACCUUUGGCUCCGACCUCUUCUCCCCGGCUCUCAACACGGCCUUGUCUCACGCCUCUUCCACGACGUCGUCGGCUCGCUCCAGUCGCCGCCAGGCUGCUUGCUUCGGCUUACAGUCGUUUCAGUAUAGUCUGCCUGGCGACGAGGAGAUGGGGAGUAAAGCUAGUCUUGCUGCUGGUGGCGUGGCGGCGGCAGCGGUGGAGAGGGGGAGUGGGGUUAGUGAGGUGAAUGCUCUUAUGGAGGAUUUUGCGUUUUUGGGUGAUGCCGUGUUGUGA